CUGGAGUGCAAUGGUGCAAUUAUAGCAGACUGCAGUCUUUAACUUCUGACCUCAGGCAAUUGUCCCACCUCCUCAACUUUCUAACUACAGGCGUGCAUGAGGACUACAGGCAGGCAUGUGACAACACAUGCAGCUUUUUUUUUUUUUUUUUUUUUUUUUUUUUUUUUUUUUUUUAGAGAUGUGGUCUCGCUUUGUUGCCCACACUGGUCUCAAACUCUUGGCCUCAAGGGAUCUUCCCACUUCGGCUUCCCAAAGUGCAGAGAUGACAGUCUCAUUUUCUCUCUCUCUGCAUUAAUCAAGAAUGAGAGAACCCUCCAGGGGACAAGAUGAAGGGGAAACAGAUGAUGUGCAAAGAAAUCCUUCUUUAUGAGGGGAAAAAGUGUUCCUCAUGAAGUUCAACAAAAUGAUGCAGGUAAAGCAGUUAGCUAGCACCUGGCACAUGGCAGACACUCAUAGCUGCCUGAGGCAUAGAAGAACUAGAUCAUGCGGGGAGCCAGAGGCACCUGCAGAGCCUCAUGGGCUGGCUGCUGCAGGGUGUGGCUGAUUAAGAGUGCUUUUGUGAGUUGGCCUGCAGGGUACAGUUGGUAACGUGCCACAGCUCUCAGAAAGUGACCUAAGUUGGAUUUUUCUGCAUGGACAUGGAAUUGCAAAAAAUUCUCAUUUGCAUGUGUAGUUUAUUUUUCCUAGAAGCUGCAUGUCAAGACCCAGAAGAAAGAGGCAUUUCAUAAUAAUGAUUAAUCAGCUAUAUCUUAAAGAAGAAAGAAAACAAUUAAGGAAAUACGAUACUAAGAAAACAAGGGGAAAAACAAUCUCCCCAAGGUGGAUCCACCCAGCAAGCCUUGACAGCAUUUCCUCUUAUCCACCUGAAUAAAAAUGACCAGCCCUUUCCAAAUGGCAGAGAGCACUGAGAGGAGACGCAAGGAGCAGCCCGCAAGGACCAAGUGAGAGGCAUGAAGUUACAGUGUGUUUCCCUUUGGCUCCUGGGUACAAUAUUGAUAUUGUGCUCAGUAGACAACCAUGGUCUCAGGAGAUGUCUGAUUUCCACAGACAUGCACCAUAUAGAAGAGAGUUUCCAAGAAAUCAAAAGAGCCAUUCAAGCUAAGGACACCUUCCCAAAUGUCACUAUUCUGUCCACAUUGGAGACUCUGCAGAUCAUUAAGCCCUUAGAUGUGUGCUGCGUGACCAAGAACCUCCUGGCGUUCUAUGUGGACAGGGUGUUCAAGGAUCAUCAGGAGCCAAACCCCAAAAUCUUGAGAAAAAUCAGCAGCAUUGCCAACUCUUUCCUCUACAUGCAGAAAACUCUGCGGCAAUGUCAGGAACAGAGGCAGUGUCACUGCAGGCAGGAAGCCACCAAUGUCACCAGAAUCAUCCAUGACAACUAUGAUCAGCUGGAAGUCCGCGCCGCUGCCAUUAAAUCCCUGGGAGAGCUCGACGUCUUUCUAGCCUGGAUUGAUAAGAAUCAUGAAGUAACGUCCUCAGCUUGAUGACAAGGAACCUGUAUAGUGAUCCAGGGAUGAACACCUCCUGUGCGGUUUACUGUGGGAGACAGCCCACCUUGAAGGGGAAGGAGAUGGGGAAGGCCCCUUGCAGCUAAAAGUCCCACUGGCUGGCCUCGGACUGUCUGAUUCCACGUGAAAAUAGCCAAAAAGUCUACUGUGGCAUUUAUAAUAAACUCCGUCUGCUGGAGGGCCUGCAGGCCAUCCUGGGAGUAAAGGGCUGCCUCCCCUCUAAUUUAUUGUGAAGACAUAUAGUCCAUGUCUGUGAUGUGAGCCGAGUGAUAUCCCAUAGUACACAUUGUACUGACUGGUUUUUCUGAAUAAAUUCUGUAUUUUACCUAUGAA